CCGCCUUUAGUCCACAUCACACAAUUGUUCACCAAGUUUGUCGGUGUAAAAGUUAAGUCGAAUUUGUCAGUGAAUUAUAUUUAUAUUAUUUGAAAAUUGAAUCUUCAAUAUGCCUAAAUGUCCUAAAUGCGAUAAAGAGGUGUACUUUGCUGAGAAGGUAACCUCUAUUGGAAAAGAUUGGCAUAGACCAUGUUUAAGAUGUGAAAAAUGUAGCAAAACUUUAACACCGGGAUCACAUUCAGAGAGAGAAGGUAAACCAUAUUGUAAUAAGCCUUGUUAUGCUGUCUUAUUUGGACCUGGAGGCUAUGGCCAUGGUGGAACUGAAAGUCAUACCAUGAAAUAGAAUAUUAUUAUUAAAUGACGUUUAUAAUAUUUGUUACUCAUAUUAUUGCUUUAUUAGAUUUUGUUUAAUAUUUUAAAUUCUUUAUGUCUUUUUUUCACUUAGAAAUGUCUUUCUCUAGUUUUUAUUGUAUGAACAAAAUAAUGUAACUAUUCGGUGGUUAUCAUAAGAAGAACCUUUGAUCUGAAUUAUAAGGUAUGGUUUGGACUCUAUUGGCAUUCUGUCUGCAGUUUCUUCUGUCGAAAUUACCACAAGAAGCUUGGUCAGAGGCCAUUAUUAUAUUGGUUGCAUUUUGUCUUCUAGCAACAUUUGGUCGAUAAACCGAACUGCAAGGGACCCAUAUCAUUCCUAUUCUGAUGUUAUCAUUGCACGGGUAUGAACUUUUAUCAAGUUCAGUGUAUUGUUAAAAUAAUUUAAAUUGUGUUACAUGUGUAAUUGUUAACUGCUGAUAAAUUUUUCUUCUAAUAA